AUGAAUCUGAGGCUCUGGCGAAGCAUGGAAGAUCUCAAGGCUAAGCGUGAAGAUUUGCAAUCAAGGGUCACAAGAGAGGAGGAAAGAGGUCGGCAAAAGCUUGCUACAACCGAGGAGGUUGAGGAACUUAAGAGUAAAGAAUUUGGAGAGGUUUGUGGGCAAGCUCAAACCUCAACUGAGACAGCUGUGAUAGAGGAAAUACAACUUCCACGAUAA